GCUGGAGCCCAAGCAUUGUGUCAGGUACUACCAGGGGAUGGGGUGGAACAGUCUGGGAUUUCGCUGUGUGGGGACCAGAAUCCCAGGAAGCCAGGAUGUGGGGAAGCUGUGGUCAUGGCCAUGGGGCUCUUCCGGGUGUGCCUGGUGGUGGUGACCGCCAUCAUCAACCACCCUCUGCUGUUCCCACGAGAGAACGCCACGGUUCCCGAGAACGAGGAAGAGAUCAUCCGCAAGAUGCAGGCGCACCAGGAGAAGCUGCAGCUGGAGCAACUGCGCCUGGAGGAGGAGGUAGCGCGCCUGGCGACUGAGAAGGAGGCCCUGGAGCAGAUAUCAGAGGAGAGCAAGCAGCAGAAUGAGACUCACGGGGCCUGGGACCUCUGGAGCACCCUCUGCAUGAUCCUCUUCCUGAUGAUCGAGGUGUGGAGGCAGGACCACCAGGAAGGGCCUUCGCUGGAGUGCCCAGGCGGUGACGAGGACGAGCUGCCUGGGCUAGGGGGUGCCCCCUUGCGGGGUCUCACCCUGCCCAACAAAGCCACGCUCAGUCACUUUUAUGAGCGCUGCAUCCGUGGGGCCACGGCUGAUGCCACCCGCACCCGGGAGUUCGUGGAAGGCUUUGUUGAUGACUUACUGGAAGCACUGAGAAGCCUCUGCAACCGGGACACCGACAUGGAGGUGGAAGACUUCAUUGGCGUGGACAGCAUGUACGAGAACUGGCAGGUGGACAGGCCACUGCUGUGCCACCUCUUUGUGCCCUUCACACCCCCAGAGCCUUACCACUUCCACCCAGAGCUGUGGUUCUCCAGCCGAUCAGUGCCUCUGGAUCGCCAGGGCUAUGGCCAGAUCAAGGUGAUAGGGUCUGAUGGGGAUGCACUGGGCUGUAUCUGCGGCAAGACCAAGCUUGGGGAAGACAUGCUUUGUCUCCUGCACAGCAAGAAGAAUGCUGUGCAGCCCAGUGGUGAGAUGGAAGACCUCUUGUGUGCUAGAGAGUCCCCAUAUCUGGACACAAUGCAGGUCAUGAAGUGGUUCCAGACGGCCCUCACCAGAGCCUGGCUUCGCAUUGCCCACAAGUAUGAGUUCGACCUGGCCUUUGGCCAGCUGGACAGCCCGGGGUCGCUCAAGAUCAGGUUCCGCUCAGGGAAGUUCAUGCCCUUCAACCUGAUUCCGGUGAUCCAGUGUGAUGACUCAGACCUGUAUUUUGUCUCACACCUUCCCAGGGAGCCCUCAGAGGAGACCCUGGCCUCCAGCACAGACUGGCUCCUGUCCUUUGCUGUCUAUGAGCGACACUUCCUCAGGAUGACAUCGAAAGCUCUGCCUGAGGGUGCCUGCCACCUCAGCUGCUUGCAGAUUGCCUCCUUCCUGCUCUCCAAGCAGAGCCGCCUGACUGGCCCCAGUGGGCUCAGCAACUACCACCUGAAGACGGCCCUGCUGCACCUCCUGCUUCUCCGGCGGGCCACCGACUGGAAGGCUGGGCAGCUCGAUGUGCGUCUGCAAGAGUUGCUCUGCUUCCUGGAGAAAAGCCUGCUUGAAAAAAAACUUCAUCACUUCUUCAUUGGCAACCACAGGGUGCCCGAGGCCAUGGGACUCCCUGAGGCCGUGCGCAGGGCCGAGCCUCUCAACCUAUUCCGGCCCUUCGUCCUGCAGCGAAGUCUCUACCGUAAGACGGUGGACUCCUUCUAUGAGAUGCUCAAGAAUGCUCCAGCGCUCAUCAGCGAGUAUUCCCUACAUGUCCCCUCAGACCAUGCCAGCCUGCCCCAGAAAGCUGUCAUCUUGUAAAGCAUGUGGGACCCAGGGGUCAGGACAAGGGUAUCUCCCAUGUUCACACCCCUAGCAGCAUCUGCAAGCCCUACCCUGGCAAUGAGGCGGGCUUUGGUGAGAGCCAUGGCUCAACCUGCCAGGAAACCAGGCCCUACAGUGCAGAGGAAAUAGAAUUACAGUCAGAAGCUGGUUUGCUUUCAUGCCAUUGAGGCCUGUUGGUAAAGCUGUCAUUUGGGUCUGGGGACUGAUCCUUUGCAGCUUG